AUGAACAACACUCUGAUGCAUCUGCGCAAGCUGUGCAACCAUCCGUAUCUGUUCCCUGAGGUCGAGAGCAUGGUCCAUCGCGGUGAGAGGGGCGGAGGCUCCGAUCUCAUCAGAGUGAGUGGUAAGGUUGAGGUGCUGGAUCGUGUGCUACGGAAGUUGAUUGCGUCGGGGCAUCGUGCGUUGCUGUUCACCACCAUGACUCAGCUGAUUACCAUUCUCGAGGACUAUCUCGUAUGGGCCGGUAUCAAAUACCUCCGACUGGACGGGUCUGUCAAGGCAGACGACAGAGGGGAAAUGAUCCGCAUCUUCAAUGCUCCGGACUCAGAGUACAACAUCUUCCUACUGAGUACGCGCGCGGGUGGAUUGGGUCUGAAUCUGCAGACCGCCGACACAGUCAUCAUCUACGACAGCGACUGGAAUCCCUUCCAGGAUCUGCAAGCACAGGAUCGAGCGCAUCGGAUUGGACAAAAGAACGAGGUGCGCGUGCUGCGCUUCCUAACAGUCAAUAGUAUCGAAGAGUAUGUCCUGGAAUCCGCCGAGAGGAAGCGGAACAUGGAUGCCAAGAUCAUCCAAGCCGGUCGAUUCGAUAACAAGAGUACGUCCGAAGAGAGGAGGCGCAUUUUAGAAGAUCUGCUGCAGAAGGAUGAGGAAGACACAAACGACCUCGUCGAGCCAAGCAGCAUGGAAGAGAUCAACCGCAUGCUUGCACGGUCGGACGAGGAGGUGGAACUGUUUGCUGAGAUCGACUUAGAGAUCAACGCCGAGGCCGGGGGAGCCGAUAAUCGCCUGAUCAGUGCUGAGGAGGUACCUGAGCUGUACUUGGAAUCAGUCGAGGAAGUCACAAAGAAAUACAUUGUGGAGGAUAAAUCAGCAUACGGCCGUGGUCGUCGUGCACACAAAGAAGUGGAGUACGACGAUAAUCUGACAGAGCUGCAAUGGACCAAAGCAGUGGAUGACGGCACACUACCGGAAUUCAAGCGGAGGGCGAAAGCACGCCGCGACCAAAGCCGCAGCGAAGGAAUCAUUGAACUGGACUCAGAUGAGAACGACAGCGAUAGGCCAACUAAGAAGUCCAAGAAGCGCAGUCGCAAAGGGGACCGAUCUAGGGGUGAUUCACCCAUGUCUGCGAAACACAGCAAGAAGAGGAGGAAGAAGAAAAUGCCACAGAAGGUAGUAGUGGUGGUACAGGACCACGACGAGACAGACAGCGAUGGGAACGACAACAAUAACACUAGCAACAACACAAAUAACAACACCAAUAACAAUACGAGUGAUAACAAUACCGACAAUGAAGACAGCCAUAGCAGCGCCAACGGUGGAGCGCGGGGAGACGAGGCAUCGGAAGUUUCCGAGGUCGAAGAACCACCUCGCGUCAAGAAAGCCAGAGUGAGCUCUAAGAAGCUUAAGAAAGAUAGGCACCUAUCUCCAUCGCCCAAGCGACGGUCUCGCAUCGUCAGCCCCACCCCUGUGCGCGAGGACAGCGUGUACAUGCACUGCUACACAGCAUUGACCACCCUGCUAGACCCUGAAACCGACGAGAUGGUCUGUGAGCUAUUCAUGGAGGUACCGAACCUCCUGGACUAUCCCGACUACAAAAUCAUCGAGUACCCCAUUGCACUCUCGAACAUACUGGAGAAAAUUGACAAUACCGAGUACGAGACUAUCGAGGAUAUGGAAGUGGAUGUGAAAUUGAUGGUCAGCAACGCCCAGACUUUUAACCAAGAAGACUCGUUUGUUUAUGAAUACGCAGGAAAGCUGCAGACGGAGUUCUACAGGGCUUUGUAUGAGUAUGAAAAGAGGUAACGUGGGGAUGCGGGUACGUUCGCCUUUGAAUUACGCUGCUUGCAUUGUUACCACCAGGAUACGGAAGCGAAGUAACAACAUUGCACGCAGUGAGAAGUAUCGUGUCGCAGCACAUCUACUGUAUGGCAGUUGCAAGGUUUUAUAGAGAGAACACUCAUUAGAAAUCACCUAUGCUCUACAAUUGGCACACAUCGCCGCAUCGGAAGCCAAACUAGUCCCUCACCGCAUUUUCCGGGCGAAGCUUAACAAUUUUUAUAGUGUACGAUACCGUUUGACAUUCAGAGACCGUGAGCAAGGCAAGUCAGGUGUAUUUAACGCUGAAUCGGACAAACUCUAUCUGUACUUUACCUAUUAAAGAUAUAUAAAAUGUGGUCGAGCGUUUGGUUCUGACUGAUCGCCUGAUCAACCG